AUGCUCUUGCAUAUAGAGUCAUCUGAGAGAUAUAUACCCCAUAUUUCCAUCCCCACCGAAAAAGCAGCCGCCAACGACGCCAAAAAGCCCGGACUCCACCCCACCUUGGGGAAUGGCCGCAUACAGAGCCGAAAAGCCGCAAGGCUCCAUGCCACUGAUUUCGGUAAAAUUCUGCGACUCCAAACCCCCCUAAAUCCCCUUGGAACCCUCAAGCACCCACAUCCGACCCACACACCUCCGCACAGCACCUCCAAACCUCACCCCCUACCGUGUCAACACCCCAGCGAGGAGCAAAGAAAGAGGCCCGGCGGAACACCCCCUCGCGGAACCCGCCAUGCAUCCCUGCCUGCAAGGACCUCCAAGAAGGCUCGGAACCCAACACAAACACGGCAACCCAAACCCACCCUGGCCGCAGGGAACACCAAAAACACCAAAAACCGACAUACAACCCCCGAAGAAUCCCCCCUCCACGAAAGGGAGCCAUGGGCACAAGGCGGAUCGCCAUCCGCAGAACCCAACCCAAAUACAUCUAAAAUACAACCAAAACAACGAACCCCACAAACAGAGACAAUGCUGUCAUCCGCUCCACCAGCCGGAACCAGCACACACCGACCAUGCAGUCCAUUCAAUUCCUUUUUCACUUCUGAAUUAUUGAACACGGAAGGACAGAUGUCUUCCACACUGCCCACCAUUCGCUCAACGCGAGACUCCAACACAUACCCGACACACCCAACCCACUCAGACAAAGCGCCAAGGUCCCUCCUCCCACAUCCGGCUCACCGCCCGGCGCAGCCUGCACAGAACCCACAAUGA